UUUUCGUGUGAGUAGACGUGUGCCCGCCCACGGAAGUGAUGAUGUCAUUGUCGUGUUGCGCAGUAUUUCGUAGUGUACGUCAAGGUGACCAGUCCCGCAUGCCGGCAGAGCCAUUUCGUCUUGAAGUUACAUUCCGGUCUUCACACACGAUUGAUGCAGUUAACAAGAGGCAAAUCCGUAGUCUCAGGCAGCUGCAGUCUUGUAAAUCAUCAGUACCUGCCCUCGAGGAAGAAAUGGCAUGCCGACAACAGCUGAGAACAUCUGAAUCUUGCGUCGUACACGUUGAGUUCAAGGGCAGCAAAGCGGAAUUGAACAGUAAAGAAAUGGAAAUCGAAGUGGCCGCUUUCUUUUUUGCCAGAGAACGUCACCAACCGGGGCAACAAACUGUAGCGCCCGACAAUUGGGUAGCGUGUUCUUUGGCAACAAAUCGCAAAACGGAGUCCCGCAGACCACUACAAAAAGCCUACAGUCUCCUCUUUGCUGGAAGCCCCGGAUGGUAUGUGGUCACAUUCUCCGCGUUGUGUCGACAUCAUUUCCGCAAUCAAGAUCAACCGAUGACGUGUCGGAUUUGUCAGAAAGCAGUAGGAUGCUUGUCGUGUUCCACGAUCGUAGAAGUGGAGGCAUCGAACGCAAGAGCAGAGUGGCGUAUGGAGCCAGAACUACGGCGCUUUUCGUCCGCCGCAAUGUUUGUUCAUAAACCUCAAUACAACAAUAUAAUGAAAAGGCUUCAGGUGUUUGAAUACAACGGUAAGUGGAAGAAAUUUAUCGUGUUGAGUAAGAUGAUGCGGAAAACCUUGCGCUCUCCUGAACUGAAAAUCGUCAUUGACUUCGAAACCGCCAUCGGACAGUUGUACAUGGGGAAAAAGAACAUACUAAAAGCAGAGAAGCUGGUAACGCACGCUAUCAAUGACAUCAGAGAGCUGGCGUCAGCAAGCGAGUCGAGAAUUUUAGAAGCUCGAGCCAACUAUAUUCUUUCCGGUAUUCGAAGGCAUCAGAAACGACGAGACGAGGCAAAAGACUGCGUAGCAACGGCAAAACAACUCUUGUUCGGUGUGAAACCUGGAGAGGACACGGCAGCAGUGUUGUACAACGAGGCGUCUAUUCUGUUGGAGACGGGAGACGAGAAUUUCCAAGAAUCUCUACGGCUGUUUAUCUCGUCUAUCGACCACUGUCGGGCAUACGAUAGCUCCAUCAAUAUGGUACCGGAACGAGCUCACAUUCGCCUCGCUUGGCUCUGCCUCUCUUCAAACGAGUUUACUGUAGAGUACGGAGUGCUCCUACUCGAUGAUCUGGACUGUCAUGCCAAGCGAAUUGAAGAAGCCGCCAACCAUCUCUCAGCGGUCAACGAGCAUAUACUUCCAGUUAGAUAUCAGAUCCAGUACCUUAUUCCACUCUGUGAUCUCUAUAUCGCCAGAAUGCAACUGCUUGCAGCAAAAAUAGUCGCUAAAAGAGUGAGGGCAUUAGCCGUGAAAACGGGAUAUCAACGUGAGACGGCUUUUGCAAAAUUGAGAGUCGACUACCUAGAGAGCCUACCAACAAACACGUUCACUGAGAAACGAGACCAUCUUCAAGUGUGUCUGAAUACCGAACGUGGGACUCGAACACAUUGCCACGAAGAAAGCACGUGUUUGCGUGAAACGACCAAAGCAGUUGCAAUCUCGCGUCAACUGACGUAUCGUCCUGAGAGAGAAACCCAAACCUUCGAUGUUUUCUUGUCGUAUCACGAAGAGCAAUCGGACUGGUUUAGAAACCAUCUGGAAGGCGACCUCCUCGGCAAUGGAUUGUCGUUCUGCACUCUCCACGGUGAAUUCAACUUUCAGUUGCCUUGGACGCGACGUCUUCAGAAGGCUGUAGAACAGAGUAGAUGCUGUGUAGUGUUGCUGUCCCAAGAGUAUGUGAAGACUGGACGAACGGAGGUGGAGUUACAAUACUGCAUGGCAAAAUACCUCAACAGAACGUUCGUUCCGAUCAGACUGAGUUCGUGUAGUCACGACUGUGUACCCGAAUAUGUCAGAGAGAUAAUCACUCUGUUGGAAUUAGAUGGCUGUCCAGAGAACUGGAAAGCCAAGUUGCUAAGAGAAUUGAAAGCAACCGAUGCAAGGCACCAACUGUACAGCGACUGCAACAAAUACUGCCAGCUAACUCAGAAGCAUUAGUUCGACAAUUGUAAUUCAAAAAGUUGCUGGUACGAUUGCACGGUAUACAAUGCAUAGUAAUGUAUACCUAUCAUCUGAAGUCGAGUAGUACGUAUCGUGUAGAUGCCGAUGGACUGUUUUGGACUCUCUUUACAUGAUCCCUAGUUCGCCAAGUCGCAUCACACGUGUUCUAGGGUUGCCAAGUCGUGAGUCUCACGCCCACAAUCCCAGUCCCACGGAUGUUCUGUACUACCAUCCAUUCGAUUUUAGAAAGUAACGUCACAAGACAAUAGACAUGCACAUCACGUGAUGCUAUAACGCUCAUUAAGCGUGAAGGGGUACGCGAGGCAACUACCGAAUUUACAAAAUUUUAGCAUAGACCCAUAGAGGCAGUUUCGUCGUCCUCAUGAGUUCUGUGGCUCGAGAACGGCAGUUUUGAAUUUGUUUUUGCUGUUUUUGUACUUCAGUCGCGAAAAAGUAGUUUGUGUUUAGACUGGCAAUAUUUGUAACUGUUUUUGGAGUCAUGUAACCUUUCUGUGUUUAUUCUCACUCAUUUCUAUCUAAAUUUUUUAGAAUAUGAGCUAGCAAGUUGGCGGAUUCAGUGGCGUAGGAAGCAAUUAAAAAGUGGGGCGGCCUAACGCACGUUAG